AUGGAACUACUCCAAAAACUCGAAAAAUUCAUCCACUGGUCCGUUGAUACCCCUGGUCGAAAAUACGAAACGCUUCUUGAGAGUGUCGAGAAAUAUCUUGACACUCUUCCAAUAACCAGUCAAAAUGUUUUCGAGAUGUUAGUUGGGACAAUGAAUGAUGAUGAGGAGAGUGAGUAUAUAUCGAUGAUUGGGUUUUUUCUGGAGAAUGGUAUUGGAACGGAUAAGCAGCUAGAAAAAGCCUUCAAGUAUUAUCAACGUGGCGCGGAAAGAAAGGAUGUUUUUGCGCAGAUGAAGUUAGGUGAUUGUUAUGUUCGUGGUACGGGCAUUGCUAUGAAUUUGGAUUUGGCUGCGUUUUGGUACGAACAAUCAAUAAAAAAUGGUGACCUCGGAAUAAAACGAAAGCAAAAUCUCGCAUACUAUUAUCAAAACACACGACCAAACCCUAUUAAAGCGUUUUACUGGAAUCAUAGUGCUGCAAAAGUUGGCCACGAACACUCGUUAAUCUCAACUCCCCAUUGCUUCCAUCAUGCCAACUCAAUUGUCAUCACCGCACGCUGCUAUCUACGUGGAAUUGGUACGAAAAAAGAUGUGCACGAAGCGUUCAUGUGGUAUCGCAAGGGUGGGCUGAUAGAAUGGAUGUUGGCAGAUUUUGGUCUGGAAACUACUCGAAUAUGGUCAUGUAGUGGAAGGGCUGGAGUUUAG